AGGUUAGAAGCACGAAGUCCGAGUGCAAUAUGUAAUUCAAAUCUGAGAGUCAUUGCCAGAGACGUGUCUGAAGAGUUGGUGGAUCGCAGCAUUACGCAAUUCGUUUAGGCAGGUCAAUCAGUUGUUCGUUGCGCUACAUGUCUUGUCUGCGGAUGCUAAUCUGGGAGCCCUAGCUCGAUUCCUCAUCCCGGAGCUCUUCGCAACUAAAUUCCUGCGAUUUGAUCUGAUUCGUGUUGCAGGUCGAUUGCUGUGAUGUAACAGGGAUUUAGGUCAGUGUUGAAAAAUGCAGCGGACGCCGACGACGAUCGAGGAGCAAUUGAUACAGAAGGCAAUUGCUGAGGAAUGCCCAUGGGAGAAUCUUCCGAAGCGCCUUCAAUCUACCUUGAAUUCCAAGGAAGAAUGGCAUCGAAGAAUAAUAGAACACUGCAUCAGGAAAAGGCUCCCCUGGAACAAGUGUUUUGCUCGCAAAGUGUGCAAAGAAGGUGAAUACUAUGAAGAAUUGAUGCGUUAUCUACGAAGAAACCUAGCGUUGUUUCCCUACCAUCUUGCGGAGUAUGUAUGCCGUGUUAUGCGGGUUUCUCCUUUCAAAUAUUACUGUGAUAUGAUAUUUGAAGUUAUGAAAAAUGAGCAACCUUACGACAGCAUCCCUAAUUUUAGUGCUGCAGAUGCACUGCGACUAACAGGAAUUGGAAGAAAUGAAUUUAUUGACAUCAUGAACAAAUGCAGAUCUAAGAAAAUUAUGUGGAAACUGAACAAGUCAAUAGCUAAAGAACUCUUGCCUACUGAACCUGUGGAUUUCUUAAUUGAGCCUUGGUGGGGAAUUUGCUUGGUCAACUUUACGUUGGAAGAAUUCAAGAAACUCUCAGAAGAAGAAAUGGCCACCAUCGAUAAAAUCUGCAAGGAGGAAGCUAAUUCAUUUAUCCUCUUUGAUCCUGAAGUUGUUAAGGGCUUGUUUCGCCGGGGACUAAUCUUCUUUGAUGUUCCUGUUUAUCCUGAUGAUCGCUUUAAAGUUUCUAGGCUUGAAGGAUUUGUUUCAAACAGGGAGCAGAUGUACGAAGAUCCAAUUGAGGAGUUGCUUUAUGCUGUAUUUGUGGUGCUAAGUGAGAAUUCUACUGUAGCUGAGUUAGCAGCAACUCUACAAGCUGAUCUCUCUCAGCUACAGGCUGCUGCAUCAUUUGCAUGUCGACUUGGAUGGGCAGUGAAGCUUAUAGAUCCUGCAUCUAUUCUUCAAGAAUCAAAUGCACUUUUAAAUCCUAGGAGUAUACUCAUUGAUGAAGCAGAUGGUUCAAAUGCUACCAUAAGCUCUGCAAAUUUGGCUGGUGAUGGUAAUGCUUUCCAACCAGGAGAUGCAUUAUGGACCGAAAAUCAUAGUACAGAUAAUGAUUGCUCUCAUGUGGCUUUUGUUGUGGAUGCAAAUAUAACGUCUUACCUCAUGAUGGGAUCCGUUUCACCAGGUUUGAAAUCCCAUGCUGUCACGCUGUAUGAAGCUGGAAAACUAGGUUAUGGAAGCAUUGCAGAUCUUUGUAGAGAUCUUAUCACCCUUGAAGGGGCCAAAUUUGAAGGAGAGUUACAGGAAUUUGCUAAUCAUGCUUUCAGCCUAAGGUGUAUCCUUGAAUGCAUAACUUCAGGGGGGAUUUUGGGUGAUGAAAAUAUUGGAAAAGGGUCAAUAACAAGUAGCAUAGAAGAUGCCACUUCUUUAGCUGAUGAUGCUUCUUAUAGUGACGAUCCUAGAAAGUCUGGAACAGAUAAAUAUGAAUUAAACAAGGAGGAUCAUGGACAAUCAGAUAUCAUUGGGGACAGUUCUACUGGGACUUCUUCUGAUGAAAAUGAUUCUACGGCUUUGACCAAUGAAUCCCAUUCUAUUUACAAUGAUGCUAGACUAGGAAAAAUUCCCACAAUUUAUGAAGACUCAGAUUCUGUUGAAGGAUUUGGAGAAAAGGAGGUGAAGAAACUAAGGAAAUAUAGGGUAGAUAUUCUUCGCUGUGAAAGCUUAGCUGCACUGACUCCAGCUACCUUGGAUCGUCUAUUUCAUCGUGAUUAUGACAUCAUAGUGUCCAUGAUUCCACUACCUCAUUCUUCUGUUUUGCCUGGAUCUAAGGGCCCUAUCCAUUUUGGUCCUCCAACACAUUCUGCUAUGACUCCCUGGAUGAAAUUGGUGCUCUAUUCUGCUCUGUCUAGUGGACCUCUUUCUGUUGUUUUGAUGAAAGGACAAUGUUUAAGGCUGCUUCCUGCACCACUAGCUGGUUGUGAGAAAGCCCUUAUAUGGUCAUGGGAUGGAUCGGCAAUUGGGGGUUUGGGUGGAAAGUUGGAAGGUAGUUUAGUUAAUGGAAGUGUACUCUUACAUUGUUUGAAUUCUCUUCUCAAAUUUUCAGCUGUGUUGGUUCAACCUCUGAGCAGAGAUGAUCUCAAUGAUGAUGGAAACAUUAUAACUUUAGAUGUUCCACUGCCCUUGACGAACAGUAAUGGUUCGAUGGCAUGUAUUGGCGAGGAACUAGGACUAUGCAGAGAGGACUGCUCCAAGUUAAAUUCACUGCUACAUGAUAUUUCAAACAAAAUGAAUUUAUGGACAAUCGGUUAUAUACGCCUUUUAAGGCUGUAUAAAGAGAGAGACUUGGAGCAAUUUUCAGUUGAUGAUGAGAAAUAUGAAUGGGUUCCACUGAGCGCAGAGUUUGGUGUUCCUCUUUUUAGCCCUAAAUUAUGUAAAAGUAUAUGUAAAAGAGUGGUUUCCUCGAAGUUGCUUCAAAGUGACAUAUUGAAUGACCAUCAAGAAGCAAUGCAGGACUUAAGACGGAGGUUACGUGAUGUCUGUGCUGAGUACCAAGCAACAGGACCAACGGCAAGACUUCUUUACCAGAAAGAGCAUGCAAAGGAAAAAUCUUCAUCUCGAGAACUAAUGACCUAUGCAAGUGGAAAAUGGAACCCUCUAUCAGACCCAUCUUCCCCUAUAUCAGGAGCCUCAAGUGAAAAACAAAGAUUAAAGCUUGCUAACAGGCAGCGUAGCCGAAUUGAAGUUUUGAGCUUUGACGGUAGUAUCUUAAGAUCAUACUCUCUGAGUCCACUUCAUGAGGUUGCCACAAGGCCUGUCGAAGAUUCUACAAGAGGCGAAUCUGAUGAUACUGACAGCAAAGAGGUAGUUCUUCCCGGAGUAAACCUUCUGUUCGAUGGGGCUGAGCUGUGCCCUUUUGAGAUCGGCGCUUGCCUCCAGGCUCGGCAACCUGUCUCAUUAAUAGCUGAGGCAUCUGCUGCAUCAGCAGCUUUGGUUGCCAAGCAAAAAGCUUGAAUUCAAAUACCCGAAGGUCCUAUACACUCAUAUCCUAUGUAUUCACUAUUGUGUGAGAUAUCGUGCACAGCAUAUUGGCAUCUGCAGUUUCUGAUUCGCAUCAACUCGACUCUUUGGUCUGCCCGACUAUCGACAGGCUGAAGGAGUAAGUGAUGUGGAGGUAAAGGUGAGUUUUCUUUCAGUUUGAGAUUCUUUGAUUGACUACAGAAUCCAUUGAUAUAAUAGCCUUCUCUCAUAUCAACUUAGCAUCAGUAGUAAUUUGUAUCCUCUGUAUGUUUUUUUUCAUUCUGUAGUGUUUAUAUAUGUGUUUGGGGUUCGGCUUGCAUGCUGAAUUGAACACCAACUACCAGAUCAAAACUUGACAUGAAGAGCUUGGGUUUGAUGGAGGGUUUAUUAUAAGUGAAUUUUAAACAAA